AUGUCUGUAGAGAGAAGCAUCAAUCUGUUCCACUGUCUGAAUGAACUGAAUGAUUGUUCUCUAGUGGAGCAGAUCCAACAGGCCCUGAGAUCAGGAAGUCUCUCCACAGAUUGUGUGUCCCCUGCUCAGUGGUCAGCUCUGGUCUUCAUCUUACUGUCAUCAGGGAAAGCUCUGGAAGUGUUUGACCUAAAGAAAUACUCUGCUUCAGAGGAGGCUCUUCUGAGGCUGUUGCCAGUGGUCAAGGCCUCCAACAAAGCUCUACUGAGUGGCUGCAAUCUGUCAGAGAGAAGCUGUCUGAUCUCAGAUGAAGGCUGUUCUUCUCUGGUCUCAGCUCUGAGCUCUAACCCCUCCCAUCUGAGAGAGCUGGACCUAAGCUACAAUCAUCCAGGAGACUCAAGAGUGAAGCUACUAUCAGCGGGACUGAAGGAUCCUCUCUGGAAACUGGACACUCUCAGGGUGGAGCCUGCUGGAGUCAGAUGGUUGACACCAGGUCUGAGGAAGUAUUCUUGUGAACUCACACUCGACACAAACACAGUGAACAGAAAACUCAAACUGUCCGACGACAACAGGAAGGUGACACAUGUGGAGGAGGAUCAGUCAUAUCCUGAUCAUCCAGAGAGGUUUGACUCCUUUCCUCAGCUGCUGUGUAGAGAUGGUCUGACUGGUCGCUGUUACUGGGAGGUCGAGAGGAGAGGAAGGGUUUAUAUAUCAGUGAGUUACAGAGGAAUCAGCAGGAGAGGAGACGGUGAUGACUGUGUGUUUGGACGUAAUGAUCAGUCCUGGAUUCUGUUCUGCUCUGAUGGUGGUCACUAUGUCCGUCACAAUAACAGAGAAACAUCCAUCUCCUCCUCCUCUGUCUCUGGUAGAGUAGCAGUGUAUGUGGACUGUCCUGCUGGCUCUCUGUCCUUCUACACAGUCUCCUCUGACUCACUGAUCCACCUCUACACCUUCAACACCACAUUCACUCAGCCUCUUUAUCCUGGGUUUAGGUUCUGCUCUCUUGGUACCUCAGUGUCUCUGUGUUGUGUGUAGGA